AUGAUCACCACUAAUUCAUCUGUUUUCCACGGAAGGACAGUUUUGGUUGGUGAUUCUCAUGUCGGAAAAACAUCCAUGCUUAAUAUGCUAGUAGAAAAAGUAUUUAAUCCACUCGAACAAGGAACUGUUGGCGCUAAUUAUCAAUUAUUCAUCAACGAUAUUGAAGGUACACACGUUGAAAUGCAAAUUUGGGAUACAGCUGGCCAAGAAAAAUAUAAAUCUCUCGGACCAAUUUACUACAGAAAUUCACAAGCUGCGAUUUGUGUUUAUGAUCGCACUAGUCGCGAGUCCUUUAACGACCUUCCAGGCUGGAUUGAAGCGUUUGUAAGUGUAGCCGGUAUUGAAUCGAUUAUAGCAAUUGUUGCCAAUAAGGCUGAUAUCGAGGAAGUAGAAGUUUCAGAUGAGGAAGCUCGUGAAUGGGCUCAGAAGAGUGGAUACCUAUUCUAUAAGACAUCUGCUAAAACUGGCCAAGGAAUCGAUGAUAUGUUCGCAGACUUGGUUAAGAAAGUAGUUCAGAAAGGAAUUGCACAACAUCGUGCGAUUAAGACACCAACUAAGGCAAAAGAAUCAUCUUGUUGUUAA